AUGUCCCCAUCUCAGUCGAGCGCGACGCCAACCGCGGAAGACGACGGCGUUUUCUACGAGACAGAAUUCGUAGAUGGUGCUCCGUAUACGAGGAAAAGACCCUCUAGCUCUCAGAUAGGUGCCCUCCAGACCAGCUACGACGCGAACCAGUACCCUUCGCGAGAGGAGCGUAUGGCUCUUGCGGACAAGAUUGACAUGCCAUACAGUGCUAUCACCAACUGGUUCCAGAACAGACGCCAGUCGAGUAAUCGCAAGGCGUGGACAGUCGCCGCUCGUAACAAGAGACGUACUCGCGCGAAGGAAGCCGCCCAGCGCCCCUCACGCAUGUCGGGACUCUCCUUGGACCACGUCGCGUCUCUCUUAGAGCGUCGCUCUAACUCUCCCGUACACAGCCGCCCCAACUCAUUGAUCCCACUCCCUUUGACCCCCCAGAAACGCCGUACUAUAUCUGCGUCGGAGCUUGUGAGUCAUAUGCCCUCUAGCCCGCCAGAGCCGCCGUCUUCCCCGUUCGCUGGAAAGUCCCGAACCUCUGCCGACCCCACUGCGCAGAUCAAGCCCGUCAAGUCGCUCGAAUGGGCAUGCGCGCGAGCUAGGGUGCAGCGAAGAGACAAAGAGAAUCGACCCUUGACGAAGAGAGCCAUUCGCUGGAAAUCAGAACCGUCAAAAGGGUCCCGGUCUCGAGCAACGUCGGCCCCAGAGUUAGGAAGGCUGGACAAUGAGGGGGAGAUGGAUGAUGGAUCUGAGACGGAGGUCGAACCGGACGAAGCGCUCACGCCUGUUCGCACGAAGAGUAUGUCGACCGUGCGUACUCGCUCGUUCACUCAGGACCACCAGGAAGAAGGCAUGAGAAAGAAUUCGGGUACAGGGGCAGAUAUGGAGGCCGCUAUGAUGCUUCUAGGAUUCAUGAAGGGUGCUUAG